AUGUCGAGUUUCGUUGUUACCUUCAAGCCCGAUGCCCCGGACUCCGAGGUACAAAAGGUCAAGGAUGAGAUUACCUCCGGCGGUGGUCAAAUAGACCAUGAAUACAGUCUGAUCAAAGGCUUCAGUUUCACACGCCCUGAAGUUGCCACCUUCGACCUCAAAUCACUGUCUUCGAGUCCCCAUGUCGAUAAUGUCGAAGCCGACAAGGAGGUUACUACCCAAUAA